GUUCUCCAGCAGAGGAAACCUGGUCUGUCUCUCCUCAGUGUUGAUAGGCUGCUCUCUUGUUGAUAUUCUGUCACUCUGCAGAGUCAAAGGGCUUCUGUUCAGUGUUAGCAUUAGCAUUAGCAGGAGCUGCUGCAGACACAACCAGGAAGUCAACUAAGCUGCUGACUAACACCAGCUUCAGUUUGAUUUCAUAUCCACUAAAGGUUGAAACGACAGCAUGAGUUCUGCUGCUCCACCGACUAUUGGGGAGUUGUUCCUCAUCCUCAGUGAGAUGGGGUUCUCAGAGGAACAGAUCCAGGCAGCUGUACAGGCGGGGCAUUUCUCUGUGUCAGACGCGGCCGAGUGGCUCUUGCAGGGUCAGUAUCCACGGCACCGGUUGGUCAAGCAGUCGUCACAGCCGGCUGCGACGCCAUUUGCUGCUUUCAACCUACCGAAAGAAGCAGCAGGCACUUCAGAGACCAACACAUCUCCUUCUGACAGCAGAGCGUCUCCUGGAUUGGUGCUGAGACCAUCAGAGUCAGGCACCCUGUCCCCUGACCCGCUACCAGUCGAGUCCCGCAUCAAACAGGACAAGAGUGACUUUGAGGAGCAGCAGAGGCUACGCGUUGCUCAGGAGGCCAGAACAGAGAGAAGACAAAAGAAACAGGAGCGCGAGUUGGUGUUGAAGCGGAUAGCUGAGGAUCGGAGGAGCUUACAGGAGAAGAACCAGACCAGCGCCGCCACAGAGACGUCUCCUCCUAGUGCUCCAGAGCAGAAGCUUGGAGGACAGAUUCAGACUAAUGUGGAUAACAACUGCGUCCUCAUGAUUCGUCUCCCAUCCGGCGAGUCCAUGCGCGAACGCUUCCCAGCUGAUGCUCCUCUGCGCAGCGUCGUGGAGCACAUCACCGGACGCCACCCCUCCCUACCCUCCUUUUCCCUUCUCCAGGGGUUUCCACGGAAACGCUUCGGGGAGGCAGAGCUCGCUUGUUCGCUGCACUCUCUCGGCCUGACGCCCAAUGCUGCGCUCUGUAUCCAGACCACUCCUCCAGAGACGCCUCAGGAUCCACCGAGUCCUGCAGCUCCGCCGCCGUUAGCGGGACAGGAUGAGCCGUCUCCUUGCGAUGUGUCUCCUCAGCCACAUGUCCCUGUCCCUGUCCUGGAGGGGCCGAGAGGGCAGGACAUGGUUCUGCCUCCUCCGCUACCCAACCAGCUGUGGGAGGAGGCGGUGAAUUACGCAGGGAUACCUGGAGUUGGUCCCUCACUGUCUGGGCCGUCUCACUUCUGGGGCCGAGGCCAGAAGCUGGUUCCUGGUAAUGCUGAGGACGCUGUUGGCAUAGAGGUCGAUGAGGAGCAAGGAGAGGAGGAAGAACCACUUGACAUGCUCAACGGAAUGCCGCGGCUGCCUUUCUUUCCGGAGAACAGGAUCCGUGGAGAAUUUGAGCACAGGCACCACUGGCCAGAGCAGGGCAAUCGACUCAGAGAUGCUCCAGAAGAGGACCCAGCAGAGCCUGAGGACGCGGGAGGUCGGGAGGCGCCUGGAGCUGCAGGUCUGGCUGCAGUGGAGCGACUUCACAGAGCUGCACAGCAAGAAGACCCGCGAGCCUCCCAGGGACAACCAUCACCCCCUAAGAAACCCUACAGGGCGCCCAGCGUGCCGUCCCUAUGUGCCUUGGCAACCCGCGCAACUGUCCACCUCAUGACUGCUCCCAGCAUGCAGUACAGCAGCAGUCUGGCGUGCCUCACCCCAGAGCUAGCGGAGCUUCUGCUCAACCACAUGUCCCGCGAGAGGCUCCUACGUCCACGCACCCUGGAGCUCUUCUUCGGCUGCCCGCUGCAGAAGUUUGUCCUGAACUGCUACCCUUACUCCACCAAUGAGCUGCUGCGGCAGCUGAGGGCCUUCACAGCACUGAAGCAUCUGAGUCUGGUCAAUUCACCUCUCAUCACGGAUUCUGGGCUGUCGAUCCUGUCCAGCCUGGUCAAACUCCAGUACCUUAACCUGGCCUCCUGUAGCAAACUGACCGACUCCUGUCUGCAGCACAUCACAGGGUUAAAGAGCCUGUGUUCCCUGUCCCUGGACCACACCAAAGUGACAGAUACUGGGAUGGUAUUAUAUCUCCAGUCAGCUCCGUCCUGUCUCUCCCAGCUCAGCCUGAACCAGACGGCUGUGACUGAAGCCACGCUGGCAGUCCUGCCCACCUGUGUUCCACAACUGCGGCUCCUCAGCAUCAAGCAGACUCAGGUCAGGGAUGUGUCGGCUUUGGCGGAGCUGUCCAGCCUGCAGACUCUCAACCUGGACGGGACGGGGGUGUCAGAAAGCUCUCUGGGGCACCUCGCCACCCACCCUGCCCUGUCCUCCCUCAGUUUGGCGGGAAUCGCCGUAGCGGAUGGUAAUCACGCCCUGCAGAUCAUCUCAGGUCUAAAGCUGACUCAGCUGACCCUCCCUGGACGCCACUCCGUGACAGACGGCGGGUUGUCAUUCCUCUCCAGACUGUCUCUGCUCUUAGAGCUGGACCUGACCGACUACACACAAGUCACAGACCAGGGAGUCAUCCAGCUCUCCACCAUGAACAGGUUGAAGAAGCUGUCGCUAAGCAACACACAGGUGACGGAUACGGGGCUUCCCUCGCUGCGCGGCCUGCAGGAGCUGCAGGAGCUCUGUUUGGACCGGACAGCCGUCACCAGCCGAGGAGUGGCCGAGCUCAUCGUCUGUCUGCCGCACCUCCAGGUGUUGGGGUUGGCCAGCACGCAGGUGGGAGACACCGUAGUGAAGCGAGGUCUGAUCCGCUGCAAUCAGCUUGUGAAGCUUAAUCUCAGCCGCACACGCAUCACAGACCACGGUAUAAAGUUCUUGAAACACAUGCACCUGGCUCAGGUGAACCUGGACGGCACCGGUGUGAGUCUAAUGGGUAUCGCGAACCUCCUCUCUUUCAUCAACAUCAGCAGCAUCCGGGCGAGCAACACUCGCAGCAUCCCCUCCGACGAGGUCUCAGAUGAGGAGUGGGAAGCCCAGUGAGCAUCGACACCUCCGGUUGGUCCACGCAUACUAUCCCCGAGCACGCCUCCGACUGCUGCGGCCCCCCCGUUAACGCCCCCUGAAACAUGCUGCCCAAAACAGCAUUACCGAAACACUCCUCCUAUUUGCACUGUUUCAAUUGCAGCUAGUGCCACUAAUCCGUUAAUCACGCACGCCACCAAGUUGAAACGUGAGGCUGGCGGUUAAAAAACUAGGCCGUUAAUAACAUUAACAUAUACAUAAUCAAUCUACGUGCAUACACUGCAGCCCUUUGUCUCUGGAUCAAAACUCCAGCUGACAAACUUUAAAGCUUUACGUGCAGCCUUAGAGGUUGGAGCGACCUGUGUUUCUCCUGGUUGGCACUUUCUGAGCCGAUUGGCAGGAAACAUAUUAAAUGUUGGAGAUGUAACAUAUAACACAGCAUGUAUUUUCAGACUGUAAUGACUAACAGCCUGAUAUAUGUAUAAAUUAAAAACCUAAAUAACAAAUUCAACUAAAUAUGGUUGGAAGAUUUUUUUUUUUUUUUUUUUGUUGAAGGAUGUGAAGGCAGAUAAUGUCUUCCAGUAUAAUUCUGUCAUUCGUUAUUAAAACUAACAUUGAAUCUUGA